AUGAGUCUUCUUUCUAAUUGUCUAUUCGUACGGCAAAUUAUUUGUCGUACUGGUGCUUUUUCGCCAUCAGUAUGGAUGAAUGCCUCGCGUUUAUCACCGGUGUUCAGACAUUCGUCUACAAAUCCGUCUCCGCAGGAACAAAAACCAGACGAAACUACAGCAACAUCUAAUCCAUCCGUAGAAAAUACCUCUCAACCCGAACAAAAGUCCGAUGUGAACGUGAAACAACUUCAGGAACAAAAUGUGAAGUUAACUGAAGAUGUUAAUGAAUUCAAGGAUCGCUAUAAACGAGCAUUAGCUGAAACAGAAAAUACUCGAAUUCGUUUCACUAAACUUGUCAAUGAUGCGAAAAUAUUUGGUAUUCAAGGUUUCUGCAAAGAUCUACUCGAAGUUGCUGAUAUUCUCAAUCUCGCUUUAACCAAUACUCCUCAACAGCCAUCCACCGAUCUAGCAACAUUAACGAAAGAUUUCAAUAAUCUCCGUCAAGGUCUAGCAAUGACCGAAGAAAGAAUGCAAAAGAUCUUUACGAAAAACGGUCUGCUACAAAUCAAACCGAAUGAAGGUGAUAAGUUCGAUCCUAACUUUCAUGAUGCCCUCUUCCAAGCUAAACUUCCUGAUAAAACCAGUGGAACAAUCAUACAAGUAAUGAAAACCGGUUAUCGUCUUCAAGAUCGCGUUAUACGUGCCGCCCAAAACGUCCCUAAAAUCUAUUCCCCUAUCGAAUACAACUAA